UGUGGGUGGGAAGCCAGUUCAGUAUUACGGUGCACUCGCAGCGAACCGAUCGCAGAACCGGGACCUCAAAGCGGCAGAUACAGAACACACAUAGACAGUGAAAUCAUGUGCAAAAGUGCGAUCGUUUGCCUGGCCAUCGUGGCCUCCUUCUCGCAGGUCUUGGCCCAAACCGCAACGCCACAAACCUGCGCUCAAGCCACCGGCAUUAGCUUCAACCAGAACGCUUUCAGCGGCCAGUGGAUCGAGUUGGCCCGCAAUCCCGCCUCGACUGUGUCCUGCAUUACCCUUAACGUGGCUUUCUGGCAGAACACCAACAUGCUGGUCAAUGUCAGCCACACGAGCAAUGCCGCCUCCACUUUGGUGGACGUCUACGAAAAUGCGAAUAUCACCCUGGUGGAGAACAACUCGGCCGGAUACAAUGUGACCCUGGUGAAUGGCCAGAAGAAGGAGUACGUCUUCGUGAAGCUGCUGAGCUACGUGAACUCCACCUACCUGGUUGGAUGCACCUACACCGAUGCCAGCAACGUAUCGACCAGUGCUGGAUUUAUUCUGGGCAGAUCCUCCUACACUCCUGAAGGCGUGAAGACUGCCAACAAUGAUGCCGCUCUGUCCUUCAGCAAUUUCCAGGCCAACACCUACGGCAAUGUCACCCAGUUUGGUUGCCGCGCCAGCUCCGCCGGACAGACUGUGCCUCUGACCCUGAUUUCUGGCUUCCUGGCCCUUGCCCUGCUGCUGAUCAAGGCCUAAAGAAGGAGAUGUGCCACCAUAAAUGCAGAAAACAAACAAUAUUCAACCACUUGCCUAAGUUACUGCAUCAUUCUCUUUAUUUAGUUUUUAGUUGUCUUUAAACACCGCGCUCUAAGAUCGGGGCAAGGCAAAACGAUGUCAAUAAAAGUAAGCCGAAAUGGGCGAGGGUCCGUAAAAAAGCCCCUGAAAGCACUGAAAAUAAGACAAUUCGAUAAAGGCCAAGAUGAGGUGUCUCAAUGCUGUGGUGCAAUCAGCGCUUUAAUUUGCUGGCAACUUGUUAGGAGCUAUGCGUGAUAAGAUAAACGUAAACGAUAACGAAAUAUAUGGCUGUGCCACCAAUUCUCACAA